AUGGGAUUAAUCAACUUCAAGCCCUUCUCAGGCCCGCAUGAGUUCAGCCAACUGAUGCGUGCACUUUUUCACAUGUAUAGGUUAGAAACUCCAGAUCUGUUCUCCUUUGACUGGCUGCAGAAAACAUUGGAUUUGGAAGUGGUUUGCAAGGACACGACAAACGAAGAGGUUGGGAUUUCAACCCCACGGAGCCUUGAACAAGCUAUCCGGAAAUGUGCGAGGAUCAACUCCCCAAAUUCCCCGGAAUUCCUCAGCCCGCCCGUCGACUAUAGUUGGACUGGUUGGAUGGGAUUAGCUAUCGAUGACUUGAAAAAGGAAGUUACAAUCAAAACUGAAGCAAAGUGUGAAGGUCCAUUGUUUUCCUUCCUCGGUCAAGGCUUGAUCGCUAAUGGCCACCGCCGCGUUCUUGCGCAACGCCUCUUUCGACACCGGCCAGACCACUGGAGCAUGACGAUCCGAGAUCACUCACCGUUGAACCAAUACAAGAGCCGUAAGGAUUAUCUUCUUCGCAGUGAAAUAUUGGGAGUCACUUCGAUCAUCUACCGCCAGAUGAAUGAAAUACGCUGGGAUCCCUCGAAAUACAAAUAUACGGAGCCGGAAUUGAUAUACUCGGGUGGUCCUUUAAUUGUAAAGUUCAUCGCCCAUUUCUCCUCCUUUUUAGAUGGAUACAACGCUAACAUUCCUCUUGGCCACGAUUGUGACCUUUAUUCCCGGCAAAGUACGGGUGGUUCAGGCGACUUGCGAUCCGUCAAAGGUGUCCACCUCUCUUACAUUUGUACUGAGAGCUUUUUAUAA